GACAGUCUAAAGCAGUAGAGUGAGAGAGAGACUUGCCGGCAGCAAAAAAAAAAAAUCUGAAAAAUGGCUGAAAGCCCGACAUCUGCUAAGUCCCGUUCUCCAGCUGGUGGAGCAAAGAAGCCUAAAGAUAAAGGAUCACCAAAACCUAAAGGAUCACCAAAAGGUUCAGCCAAAGGAAAACAAAAACUUUCUGCUAAAAAAGAUGAGGAACUUGACCUGUCUAUGGCAAGCAUGGGCCACCCAGAAAUCUUUCCUCUGGUUCUUACUGAAAGUACUCAGGAAAUAUUUAACUGUCGUGCUGAUAUAGAUGUCACAGCUGAUAACCCUUACAAACUUGUAAAAAAAGAGGAUAUAAUUCAGGAUAUGAAAACAAGAGCUGCUAUUUCUGACUUUCACCCAAUCAAAAAAAUAAUCCAAGAUUACCCUGGAGAAGAACUUCUGAUAGUCUUUGACAGAGAAUUAAAAUAUGGACAGAUAUUUUAUCUUAUUGCUACUGAAGAGGCCAAGGAAAGCAUUUUAAAUCCUCCAGAGCCAGAGGAAGAGGAAGGUGAACUUAAAGAAGGAAACCAAGAGGAUUAUGUUUAUAAGCCUCCUGUGCACAAACCUUGGGUCUCUCUUGGAAGUGAAAAGGAAAUUGAAGAAGAGUCUGUCAAGGAAUUACCAGCAAAGAUUAAAUAUAUGAUUUCUCGACCACACAAAGAGUUUGGGGUUCGGAUUAAAUUCUUCAACAGAAAUGCUUCAUCUGAUAAAUUUGGAUAUGUGGAAUGUACAGCUUACCAAGAUAAAAACUUCACCAUUCGGCAACUUGAGAGAGAUAAUGGUAUUCAGAAUGUUCCACAAGAAAAAGAGACAGGUACUCAGACAAAAUGGACCUAUCCAAAAAAUGCAGCAACACAAUAUUAUCCUAGAGAAUUUUCAGAAGAAAAAAGAAAUAAGUAUUUGUCAUCAGAAGAUCUGAAAAACUUUAUCCUCUCCAUGGCUUUAAGAGUUGAAAUAGCAUUGCAACAAAAUGAAAUAAUGGAUGCCUUUUUUGAUGACUGGAAAGCCCUUGCCGAAGAUGAAGGGGCCUUUGCGGGCAAGUCUGAUGUUUUUCUUAAGGAAUACCAAUCAUUUACAGACCUACUUUAUCUCAAGGACAGAACUGUUAGCUGCAUUUGCUGGCACCCAACCAUUUAUGGGAUCAUUGCAGUGUCAGUAACUGAGAGACUUUCUUAUGAGGACAGAAUACAACAGUCUGGGAAAUUACUCUUGUGGAAAGCACCAAUUCUUUUUUGGAGUUUUGCAGACCCGAUCCACCCUCAGCUAAUGUUGGAGUGCCCUGAAGACAUCUAUUCCUUUCAGUUCUCACCAAGUGACCCCAACAUCAUCGCAGGAGGCUGUAUGAAUGGACAGGUUGUACUAUGGGACAUUUCACAGUAUGAAGACAGGUUAAAGAAUGCAAAGACAGGCGGAGGAGGCAAGAGAACUACAGUCAAUAUGCCAUCCUUCAUGGUGGAGCAACAACUUGCUAAAGAGCCACACUUGGUGAGAUACUGUGCAGUUUCUUCCAUAGAGUACGGCCACAAAUCAGUCAUUACGGAUAUUCAGUGGCUGCCAGACAAUUUCGAGGUCAACAGGAUGGGCACUGUGUUUGAGAACAGAGCUGGAAUUUGUGUACAACUCAUCACUUGCUCUACUGACUGUUCAGUAUUCUUUUGGGAUCUCCGAUCUCAAAAACCAGGCCUCCAACCUUCAGAGGAGAAGAAGAAAGAGGAGAAGAUAAUUACAUGUCCAUCUGAUGUGCCAACUACUUUCAAGCACUUAGAUCUCUCCUGGAGACCUCACAUUAAGUUAAGUCUGCCCAAGUCAGAUACCGGUGGCGAAUACAGCCCAGUGAAAAUCAGCAUGAGGGAAGAGCACCAUCAUACCAAAAUGCAAGACAAGACACAACUCCAAGUCAAACAAGAGGCAUCGAUAGAAAAACUACCAUAUAGCGAGGUAACGACCCUAUCAGUGAAACCACCUAAACUGCUAGAAAAUAUCCCUACCAACUUUUUCGUUGGAACCGAAGAUGGUGAAGUCCUUUAUACAGACUGGAAGAUGGAAAGAGAUGGUGACUCAGGAAGACUACUUAGCCAGAAGCCAUCCAACAUAUAUAACAUCCAUGAUGGACUUGUCCAUACUGUGCAGAGGUCUCCAUUUUUCAAAGACAUCAUUCUCACUGUUGGAGGAUGGAAUUUUGCAAUAUGGAAAGAAGGUGUUACGAGCGGACCACUCCUUCAGUCAAGUUGUGCAGCUAAGAGAUAUACAGUUGGACACUGGUCUUUAUCCAGAGCAGGUGUUUUCUUCAUUGGUCGAGAAGAUGGAAAUAUUGACAUUUGGGACCUAUUGGAAAAAACUCAUGAACCAUCUCAGACCCAAAAUGUCUGUAUUGCACUGAUUACCUGCAUCGAGCCCUGGAUCUAUUCUUCAAAGCAACACUUCCUGGCAGUAUCUGAUGAUUUUGGUACACUGCAUAUUUUAGAAAUUUCAUGGACAUUAAGUCACCCUUCCAUUAAUGAGCGUUCCAGUGUUCUUCAUUAUUUUGAACGAGAAGUCAAACAUCUUGAGUAUUUUGACCAGCGACAAGAAUUCAGAGCCCAAGAAAGAGUGGAAUUGGAAAAAGAAUCCUUGAAGAAAGUGCAGACAACGGUUGCGGGCCAGCGAUCCAGGGAACUAAUGGAUGAACAGACAAAGCAGGAUUACUUGGAGUUUUUGGAUAUAGAGAAGAACAUUCUGAAGGGACUUGGACUACUGAAGGGAUUGGAUAGAUUUAGCCCCUGAAAACCCUACUAGUUUUGUGGCCAAUCGCCUUUAUUUUAUUCAGUACAGUAUGUGAAAUAUUUUAUGAGCAAUAUAUUUACAGUGACUCUCCCCAUAAUCAACAACACUGCUUUUCUUAAUGUUGCUGAUCAUGAGGAGGGAGAGUGCAUGGGCACUUCCUCCACAUGUUCACUUCAUGCAGAUGACUCAGCAAUUGCACAGAGGCAGGGGUGGGGCCAGUGUGCUCAGGCCCAUUCGCCCUCCCUGUAUGGCCAGUCAGUGCACAGGCAGGUCAUCUAUACAGAGCUAGACACAGCUCAAAAAUAUUUAUCAAGCUACUAUUUUUGAUUUCUGAAAUAACUUAUUUUUACUUUCCAUGUAUGAAACUAUAGUGGAAGAAGCAGCACUCAGUAAUACCUCAGAGAAAGUCAGUGCAAGCAGUCACAUGGAGGCUGCUGCUAUGGGCAACAAAGAGCCAUUAAUCACCAACAACAUGCCAUGUGGAGAGGCUUCCCAUCUCUGUAUCCAUGGAACUUGGAGGUUUCACCAAAUGACAAAGCACCAUAAAUUGUUCAUUGUGCAUCAGCAGCUGUCAUACUUAGCUAUUUAAAGAAGUCUGCAGAUGAUGGUCCUUCAUAUAUAUAUGAGCUUACGCACAAAGACCAUCUUAGUGCAUAGGUAUGAGAGAGCAAGCCAGAGUUUAAGUUGUCAGAAACCCCUAUUCCCUUUUCCAAAUCAACUUUUUUGUCAGAUGCCACAAAGAACUUCCACAUCUGUGCUUGAUUACCUGAUCUGGCACUCGUUUAUUAUAAAUAUCUAUAAUCCAACAUCUGCAAAGUGUGGAAAAGUGAGAGUCUGUCACUCAGUACACCAAACUUGGACACAGGCUACAUCAAAAUGGAAAAUUUCUUCUAUAGCCAAGUGUCUCGCUGCCAGCUGAGACAAAUUUAUAAAGGGGAGGGGAGGGAGAAAAUUUUAAGAUCAGCUCAACUGUUAUGGUUGCUCCACUUUAAUCUGCAGCUGUCAAAGGUCUUGGAAAACACCUAAUACUGGUAAAUCUGAGCAGAGUUCAGAGUAUACAAUUUUUAAAUCAACAAUUUGAUCUAUCCUAUCAACUGUCAAUUUGCUCAGUAUAUAAAGAGGUAAAGAAUGCAGCAGAACUAUUCUGACCAGGGGAACUUUUUCUGUGUGAGAGGAGCAUAUUGUAAGUUUUAAUUCCCAGACUUGAAGAUGCCUUAUUCAUAUAGGUGUAUAUCUCUGUACAUACAUUCACAUGUGUAUUUUACCCUCUCGCUUACUCGCUGGCAUUUCUGUUCUUUCCAUCAGCACCUGGACAAAAAUAUGUGCAUUUCCAUCAAUACCUUUUUUGGUUUGUUCCUGGCAACUCCACAAAGGCUAAUUCUACAGGAAAUGACAGGAAGAUGGCCCUCCUCUUGGUUUUUCCAGUAGCUUUUCAUAUUAUUCAAGAAGAACUUUGAAAGAAGCCUGUCCAGUCUUCCUUUACAAAUCCUAUAUUCAGCUGACAUAGCCCACGAAGUUAAGUUUGGGACCAGAUCAGUUGCAGCUGUUAGACAGGGCCAGAUGUAAAGAAAGCCCAAUUUAAACCACAGGUCUGAUCUUUUCCAGGUAUACACUGGAUGAUGAGGGAAAACGGAAAUCUAAAGAGGCAUUACUUGGGUUUCAGUUAUAAAAUAUGACAAUUUUUAGGAAAAGAUUGCAGAGAACCAAGUUUUGCAAGAAAUGUAGAAAGAAAAUGAAUUCCACUCAGAACACCAUUUCCACAGUGACAUGUAGAGCUAAAUCUUUGAAAACAUUAAUAGUGCAAUCCUAAGAAGAGUUGCUCUCUUCUAAACCCUUUGAUUUCAGUAGACCCUGCUUAGAAUUACACAGUAGUGCAGCUUGCCUGAUUUUCUCUACCAACUAAGGUGCUGUGAAUUAUCAGUGUAUGCUGUUAUGAAUAAUUGCUAUGAAUUACAGUCAUUUUUUUCAGUUAUAGGUACAUGAACUGUGUUAUUCCCCUAAAGGAAAGGAAAUUUAAUUAAAAAGAGUGAUAGUUUUCCUUUGGCAAAGUGG